AACAAGAAGUUGCUUUCCCAGAAAAUCUAUCCAAUCAUUCCAUAUGAGAUAGCGUCUUGGCGAAGCUGAGCUACAAGAAGACUCAAAAGCUCUCAAGUCAAUGCCCAGUUCGCCUUUUCUUUUUUCUAUUCCCCCUUGUUCAUCACAGAAAGUAACAGACGCAAAAGCUUCUUUUCUCUGUUUGAGAUUCUUUUUCCAAAGUAAUUCUCUUACAAAAUGAGUAGGAGAGUAGGGUAUAGAUUCCACCCAACUGAAGAGGAACUCGUCGAUUACUUUCUAAAGCACAAGAUGAAUGGACAUGAUUCCCUUGUUGAUGAAGAUAUUCGGUUUAUUGAUCUCUGCAAGUUCGAUCCGUGGGAUUUGCCAAGAUAUGCUGCGGAGGUGUCAAAUGAUCAAGUGUGGUAUUUCUUUUGUAGAAGAGAGGUUAAGUAUAAAAACGCCACCAGACAACGUUUCAACAGAUCAACACAGAGUGGCCACUGGAAACCAACUGGUAAUGAACGUUCAAUAAUGUCCAGAAGCACUAACACUGAGAUCGGUACAAAGAGGACUUUGGUUUUCUAUAAGCGUGGCACUCCUAAAGAGGUCAGAACCAACUGGGUCAUCCACGAGUAUCAGCCCAAAACUCUCCUUCCUCACCAGACAGAUUUUGUUCUCUGUAAAUUGAAGGAAAAAAGACUUGACAAGGCUCGCAUUUCUGCUUGCGAUGAAGGCCAAUCUAGUCGUAGCGGGCCUUCUGAUAAUCGCCCCAUAGAGAUUCCAAUCUCAGAGGUCGACUCCGUGCAACUUCUGGAAUCUUUACUUGCCAGUACUUGUGGUGGGCCAAAUUUCAACCCUGUCUCCCUGAUGCAACCGCAAAUGCACAUAGAUCAAGGCAUCUCCAUUGAGGAUCUAAUAUCCACAGAUGACUACGGCAAUGACUCUGAUAGGUUGUGGGAGAUGGAGGAAGAUCCCAAUGAGAUGGCAUAUUCAUUCAUUGUUGUGCCUGAUGAACACAGUGGUGAAGAGUACCUGUAUCCUAUUUCUGGGAAUCCAUAUGGCUAUAAUAGUGAAGAAGGUGCACGCAUUAACCGCAAUCAUUCCAGCUCACCCAAUUCCAUGAAUGGAGUUUAUCUUGAUGAAAUCAGAGACAUGGAUUUCUAUGAAACGCCUUUACAAUCUGGAGCUUCCAACUUGAACAACGGGCAUUACCGGCAGAUGCAAAGGGUUCAAGCAAUUACUGAAACUUUGCCGCCUUCAACAUUUGACCAGAGUGGAAGUGAAAAGACUGGUGUUCUACAAAUGAAUAUUUCCUCUUCCUCAGCAGACUCGGAUAUAGAUAGCUUUGAAGACAUAUCUGUUAGAGUUGUCAGCAAAAAACUUCCUGUCCAUACGAGGACUCGCAAACAACUUCAACCAAGCUGUGGCAACAUCAAAGCAGAGAAGGGAGUGACUCCAAAAGGAAGUCUAAUUCAGGGCAAAUUGUCUGGCGCAUCCGAACAUAAGGUGAAAGAAUCUAGGAAGCACGUUGCUGGCCGUGUUCAGCCUCAGGAGAACCAUAAGGGAAGCAUCACUGUGAAGACUGAGCAAGACCAGAAAACGGAUUUUGCCAAGACAAAAUUAAGAGAAAAUGCAGUGGCUACUGACAAUAAGACAGGCUCUUUCAUUCGCCUAGAGACAUCUGUAUUAAGCCAAAGUUCAAGUCCACCAUCAGUUUAUUUCAUUAAUGUACUCAUAGGCCUGGUUUUAUUCCUAGCUGCAAGUAGGGAAGUGCUGAUUCUUCACUGAUCAGUAUUAUACUAGACAGGUAUUUAAAUACAAGCAAGUGCGCUUGUGUUUGUGACACAUGGGAUGGAUCUCAUAGAAUGUUUUAUGACUAUUACCACAUGUCUAUAUAGAGAAAGGAUUUUCGUAUGCACUUAGAUUAGCCGCAUCAUACUAAGUAUUUAGGUUCUAUAUGUCCUGGACUCGCUGUUGAAUAGAAACUACUACAUGAGUUUAUGCAGUCUACUUUGUACCCAUUACCUAUUUAUUUCUUACUUUGUGAAUGUCCAAAACAGUAGCUCAACGAGCUGAAAAAUACCCACUUUUUGAAAUCUUCUA